CAGGGAACUGUGUGGAGGAGGGGAGCUCAAACUCUGGGCACACGGUUUGCGGGGGGCAGCUGGUUUGCUGGGUCACCCUGCUUCCGGCGGGUCCGGGGUUGGGCAGCCGGGGCGGCUCCAAAGGACCCCUCGGCCGACAUCCCGCCCCCUGCCUCUCUUCCCUCCCUCCUGCCGCGGAGAAGGCCAGCUCCUCCUGCCUGAGUCACGGCGGGAGCUAGGGAGGAGCCGGGGGGAAGGCAGCUCCAGCUCAGAGAGCAGCCAGCAGCCGCAGGCAGAGCAGGCAGGGCGGUCGAGGGCCAUGGGGGAGAGCGCGCUGGAGCCGGGGCCUGCACCGGGGGCGCCUGCCGGGGGCCCCGUGCACGCCGUGACGGUGGUCACCCUGCUGGAGAAGCUGGCCACCAUGCUGGAGGCGCUGCGCGAGCGGCAGGGCGGCCUGGCUCGGAGGCAGGGCGGCCUGGCGGGCUCGGUGCUCCGCAUCCAGAGCGGCCUGGGCGCGCUGAGUCGCAGCCACGACACCACCAGCAACGCGCUGGCACAGCUGCUGGCCAAGGCGGAGCGCGUGGGCUCGCACGCGGACGCCGCCCAGGAGCGCGCUGCCCGCCGCGCCGCCCAGGUGCAGCGGCUGGAGGCCAACCACGGGCUGCUGGUGGCGCGCGGGAAGCUGCACGUCCUGCUCUUCAAGGAGGAGGCUGAAAUUCCAGCCAGCGCCUUCCAAAAGGCGCCUGAAGCCUUGGGUCCGGCGGACCAGUCCGAGCUGGGCCCGGAGCAGCCGGAGGCCGAAGUCGGAGAGAGCUCAGACGAGGAGCCGGUGGAGUCCCGCGCCCGGCGGCUGCGGCGCACGGGUUUGGAGAAGGUGCACAACCUGCGAAGGGCCCUUUCGGGCCGGAAAGGCCCCGCGGCGCCCCCGCCCACGCCCGUCAAGCCGCCUCGCCUCGGGCCCGGCCGGAGCCGGGAGGGCCAGCCGGAAGCCCAGUCAGCGCCAGAGCCUCCGGAGGCGCGGGACACCGAGGAAGAUCCCGGGAGACCCGAGGCUGCCAAAGCGGCUCCGCUCCAAACCGAGAGUGAGGCCUGAUAGCCCGCGCUGCCUUCCCCCCAGGUGCCUACGCCUUGUCCCAAAAUAAAUCCUUUUCAGAAGGCAACACUCACGCCCAAAUAAGGAGCGAAUGCAGCAUCCACUGCCCAGCUCUGCCCUUCCUCCUGGCUCUUUCUGCCUGCGUCCUUGGAAAGAGGAGCAGCAGCUCACACCUACUUGCGCUUACCAUCAAUAAAAGUCAUUUCAUCCAA